AUUCCAAAUCAUUUCACAAAAUUCAUCUCACUCGAAAAACCAUUCCAUUAUACACCGGUUCAUGGUUCAAGACGUCUUCUCUCUCCGGACUCUCUGCUGUGGGUGUGGUGUGAAGGGUAGAUAUUUUGCGUUUGUGUGUGGGAUUCUUCGGAAAAAUGCUGAAGAUCUUUGCAAGUAGAACCUCCUCGCCCUUGUUCAAAUAUAACCCUCGAUCUUUCACAAAGCUAGCACAGAAAUCUGAGCCAGCGGCUGUUCUUACUGAAAAUGACAAAGAAUUUCUUCCGCAAAUGCCGCCUUUCGGCUACACGACUCCGCCGUACGACGGACCGUCUGCGGCUGAGAUUCUCGAGAAGCGUCAGCGCCACCUGAGCCCUUGCAUGUCCUACUUCUACAAAAAUCCCUUGUAUUUAGUUGAUGGAAAGAUGCAAUACCUGUUUGAUGAGAGUGGUCGGCGAUAUCUGGACGCCUUUGGAGGUAUUGCAACUGUCAGUUGUGGUCACUGUCAUCCUGAAGUUGUGGAAGCCAUUUGUACCCAAACAAAGCGGUUGCAACACACGACUGCCUUGUACUUGAACAGAGCUAGUGCAGAUUUUGCUGAAGCUCUUGCAUCCAAGGCUCCUGGGGAUCUCAAUGUUGUUUUCUUUACAAAUUCUGGGACUGAGGCAAAUGAGCUGGCAUUAAUGAUUGCUCGGUUGUACACUGGUUUUCAUGAUAUUAUUUCUCUUAGAAAUGGAUAUCAUGGGAACGCAGCUGCAACUAUGAGUGCUACUGGUCAACGCAAUUUCAAGUAUAAUGUUGUACAGACUGGAUUUCACCAUGCCUUGAACCCAGAUCCAUACAGAGGAAUCUUCGGUUCAGAUGGACCCAAAUAUGCUGAAGAUCUUGAGGAGAUCAUUACUUAUGGAACUUGUGGCCGUAUAGCUGGUUUCAUCGCGGAAGCCAUACAGGGAGUGGGUGGAAUAUAUGAGUUGGCCCCAGGUUAUCUUCCAGCAGUCUACAGCAGUGUUCGAAAGGCAGGAGGGAUUUGUAUAGCUGAUGAAGUUCAGUCAGGUUUUGCACGCACAGGUAGCCAUUUUUGGGGGUUUGAGGCCCAGGGUGUUGUACCUGAUAUUAUUACAAUGGCAAAGGGCAUUGGAAAUGGUCUUCCCCUUGGUGCAGUGGUAACAACUUUAGAGAUUGCAAAAGUGUUGACUUCUCAUGGUUAUCUCAAUACCUUUGGUGGGAAUCCUGUAAGUACAGCCGGUGGUUUAGCUGUUCUCAAAGUAAUAGAGAAUGAGAAGCUUCAGCAGAAUGCAUUAACCAUAGGAACAUAUCUAAAAAACCAGCUACUAGCUCUCAAGGAAAAACAUGAAAUUAUAGGUGAUGUGAGGGGAAGAGGGUUUCUGCUCGGAAUGGAACUUGUAAUGGAUCGUGAGUUUAAGACUCCUGCAACCCUUGAAACCUUGCAUGUCAUGGAACAAAUGAAAGAGAUGGGAGUACUAGUCGGGAAAGGUGGACUUCACGGGAACAUAUUCAGGAUCAGCCCUCCCCUCUGCUUCACCAGAAAAGAUGCAGAUUUUCUUGUGGCUACGAUGGACUACAUAAUGUCAAAGAUGUGAAGCAUUUUGCGUGGAAGUGGCUAGAGGUAGGUGUAGAUUACAACCAUCCAAGAACUGCUGAUGUUUUAACUAAAUACAUGAAUAAGUUUUGGAGAUUGGCGCAUCUUACUUGCUCUUUUGCAUCCUCAUUGUUCAUUUUGUAUAUUAAUCGUAACAAUUUAGAUCUUAGUUUCAUGGGCAUUAUAUAUUCAGGUAUGACAUUUCUGUGUCUGCGCUAUGAAGACCCUAUUAGUCAUGCUCUUUUAAGUUAAAAAUGAAAUUACCAGUGUUGAAUCC